CCUUUUUCGAUUACUGUAUAAUUAAUUUUGCUACAAAAUAUUAAUUUUUAGUUUUGAAACCAUAGAUCUUAUAAUUUGUACCAUGUAAAGCGUUUUGCUUGGAAAUAUAUAGUUCGCUGUGAUUUAGCAUACAAUGUUUGUAUACGGUAAAUUAUGUAAUCACCCAAUGACCCGAAUUUUCGUCUGUUCAUGAGAGGAAGCAUUAUUAAAGGAGUACUUGAAAUGUCAUCCUCUGAAAACAGUUUCAAAGUAGAGGACAUGUGGUGCGAGCUGAAAUCAGGUAUUGAGCAAAUUUAUGCAAAUAAUGUAUCUAAGACGGAUUAUUUACGACUUUAUACUCUAGUGUAUGAUCUUUGUACUGUCGCAAAUUACGGAUGUACUUCGUCUAAUAAUCAUCAGUUGCAUUCAAGAUUGACUCAUUUCUUUCGAGCUCAUCUACAAAAUGUGUAUGAAAAAUGUGAAGAUUUAAUAGACGAAUCACUUUUGCUUCAUUACAUGCAACUGUGGCAAGAUUAUCGUUUUUCUAGUAAAGUUUUAGGUGGAGUAUGUGCUUACUUAAAUAGACAUUGGGUCAGACGCGAAAGAGAGAAAAGUCGAGUUGAAGUCCUAGAAGUUUAUCACCUUGCAUUAUUAUCAUGGAGGGAGCAUCUCUUGGAACCUCUGAAACGGAGAAUGUCAAAUGCUGUUUUAAAGCUGAUAGAGAAAGAAAGAAAUGGUGAAAUUGUCAACACUAGACUCAUUAGCAUUGCUCUAAAUUCAUACAUUGAAGUGGGAGUCAAUUGUGCUGAUCCAUAUUCUAAUGAGCCAAAUUUAUUUUUAUACAAAGAAGCAUUUGAAACAGCAUUUUUGUCAGAAACUGAAAGGUUUUAUGCUACAGAAAGUGCUUGUAUUAUUCGCAAAAAUCCCGUAUCUGAAUUCAUGAAAAAAAUUGAAACUUGGUUUCAGGAUGAACAAAGGAGGGCUCAGGUAUAUCUCCAUGAAUCAACUCUGGAUGCCUUGGUCAAAAUAUUAGAAAGUGUUGCUAUAGGAAAAUAUAUCGAAACACUGCAUUCAGAAUUCCAAACUUUAUUGACUUACAAUAAAUUAGAAGAUUUAAAACGGAUGUAUAAAUUGCUUUCUCGUGUGUCAGGUGGUUUAUGUCAGCUUAAAAAGCAGUUUCAGGAUUAUGUCGCGCAGCAGGGUCUCGAAGCAGUGGAAAAAUACAAUGAAGCUGAUAUGAGUGAUCCUAAAGCGUACAUAAAUGCUAUUCUAGAAAUCCAUCAGAGGUACAAUGCUAUCGUAAUUGUGGCUUUUGAUAGUGAAGCUGGUUUUGCUACUGCUUUGGAUAAGGCUUGUGAAAAAUUCAUCAAUAAAAAUGCAGUUACAGAAAGUAGUGGCUCUUCCAGUAAAUCUGCUGAACUGUUGGCUAAGUAUUGUGAUCUCUUGCUGAAAAAGAAACCUAGUGAUGCUGAAGAAAUAGAAGUGGUAGAUAAUUUGGUUCAAGCUAUGAUAAUAUUUAAAUAUAUUGAAGAAAAAGAUAUUUUUCAAACCUUUUACAGCAAAAUGUUAGCUAAAAGGCUUGUGCAACAGGCAAAUUCAUCGAAUAAUGAUGAUGCUGAGACAAUCAUGAUUGCCAAGUUAAGAGAAGCCUGUGGUUUUGAAUAUACUGCAAAGUUGCAGAGAAUGUUCCAGGAUGUUUGUGUAAGUCGAGAUCUCAACGAACAGUUUCGAAAAUUGGGAGAACUGGAUCUCGAUUUCACCAUCAAUGUCAUUAGUUCAUCAUCAUGGCCUUUCCACCAGUCUCUGCCAUUUUCCUUACCCCAAGAAUUGGAGCAAAGUGUUCAGCAAUUCACAAAUUUUUAUUGCUCCCGUUAUAGUGGAAGAAAAUUACAUUGGUUACAUAGUUUAUCCAGAGGAGAGUUGGUUGCUAAAUGUUAUGACAAGCCUUACACAUUCCAAGCAUCUACAUUUCAAAUGUCUGUUCUCUUGCAAUUUAAUAUGGGGAACAAAUUUUUAGUUUCACAACUGGAAGAGAGCACUAGCAUCCGGUUAGACAUUCUUCUUCAAAUAUUACAAGCUCUUAUUAAAUUUAAAUUGUUAAAAAUAGAAAAAGAAAGUGUCCUGACACAAUCAUCUACAGUCUCAUUAUCUCUUGCAUACCGGAGUAAAAAACUGAAGGUGAAUAUCAAUGUACCCAUAAAAUCAGAAGCAAAAUGUGAACAGGAAUCUGUGCAAAAGUGUGUGGAGGAAGAUAGAAAACUGCUUAUUCAAGCUGCUAUUGUAAGAAUUGCAAAAACUAGGAAGGUAGUCAAACAUCACAUUUUGCUGUCUGAAGUUUUAAAUCAGCUCUCUCACAGAUUUAAGCCUAAGAUACCUAUCAUCAAAAGAUGUAUUGAUAUAUUGAUUGAAAAAGAAUAUCUAAAAAGAGUUGAAAAAGAUUCCUAUUGUUAUAUGGCAUGAUUCCGUUCCUCCAUCAUACAUUGCUGUAUGUAUCUUGAAAUUCCAAAUUAAAGUGUAAAAAUGUAUUUAGCAGCAUUCAAAUUGAAAGAUAUAAAUAUUUGUAUAUUUUGCUCAUUUCCAUCAAUCAGAUGUCAUGUUGAAUGAAGUCUUUUUAAUGUGCAAUAAUGAUAAAUGUUACAGGUGAAUUGUUUAACUUUUAUUUAUAUGUAGAUUUUGCGAUUUUUAUAUUGAAAGGGGAUUAAUACCUGACAGAAAGUUGAUUUUUUUCAUCCAAAUCGUGUAUAACAUACUCAUGCAUUAAUAGACCUUUAAAUUUGGCACUUUAUGAAAGUAUAUUAUCUUUUAGUUCAUAUGAAUGAAUUGAUCUGAAAAGUAUGCAUAGUUUUCACAUUAAUGAAAUUAAUUGUGUUUUUAGAUAUGUGAAAUCUAUAUUAUUGUCUACUAGUUACAUUUUCAGUGUCGAAAUCCUGUACAGUCAUUACUGAAAGGUGACAUUACUACUGAUAGGAAUAAAAGGAAAAUAUACUUUGGUUAUAUUUGUUCCCUUGCCUUAAUUGUAUAAAAUACAUUAAGCUCACCUUGAAUAUACUUUGCUGUUAAUACAUGAAUAAUUUUUAAAUAAAAGAAAUCAGUAUUUUC